UUUUAUUGGACAUGACGAAAUGCACUUUUAUUGUCUUCAUGAAACACACACACCUCCGGCAGCAGACACGAAUAACUAUGAAAAUAAAACUAGAUAAACAUAUUCAACAGUCCUAUGUCAUCUAAACAAAACAAAGCAAUGCAUUCAAAGCACUGUUUUCAUAUUGCUGCAGAUGCCUGCGCAAGCUCACGCUGCUCCUUCUGAGGAGCAGGACUCGGGCAGUGAGCAGCAAGGUUUUCACGACAGAAGUGGUGAAUGCCAGAAGCAGCAUGAGCAAGAGGAAAAUGCAACUCUGGCUGCUGCGGAUGCCAUCUUGCAUCUUUGCCACGUUACACUGGCCCCACCUAUUCCUGCAGAAGCUCGCGCUGCCUCUGCUGAGGAGCAGGACACAGGCACUGACAUGCAAGACUUCAAUGACACAAGUGGUGAACGCCAGAAGCAUCAUGUAAGUCUAAAUGCUGUGGAGUGUAUAUGUGUAUGUAUACCUAAAACACAUGUGUUUAAUGAAAACCAGGAGAUAAUGAAGCCAAAAAAUGUGAAGGGGCACGUUAAUUGUACUUUUUAA